AUGCUGCGUCUGGGCUUGUGGGCGGCCGCCCUGCUCUGUGUGUUCUCCCCUGGCACGGUGCAUGGCGACUGCUGGCUGAUCGAGGGGGACAAGGGUUACGUGUGGCUGGCCAUCUGCAGCCAGAACCAGCCUCCCUACGAGACCAUCCCCCAGCACAUCAACAGCACAGUGCACGACCUGCGCCUGAAUGAGAACAAGCUCAAGGUGGUGCUGUACUCCUCCCUCAACCGCUUCAGCAACCUCACCGACCUGAACCUGACCAAGAAUGAGAUCUCCUACAUUGAGGAUGGGGCCUUCAUGGGCCAGGCCAACCUACAGGUCCUGCAGCUAGGCUACAACAAGCUCACCAACCUGACGGAGGGCAUGCUGCGUGGCAUGGCCAGGCUGCAGUUCCUCUUCGUGCAGCACAACCUGAUUGAGGUGGUCACACCCACCGCUUUCUCCGAGUGCCCCAGCCUGAUCAGCAUCGACCUGUCCUCCAACCGGCUCAGCAGGCUGGAGGGGAACACCUUCACCAGCCUGAGCAACCUGAUGGUGUGCGAGCUAGCUGGCAACCCCUUCAACUGCGACUGCAGCCUCUACAGCUUCCUCACCUGGCUGGUGGUCUUCAACAACGUCACCAAGAACUACGACCGGCUGCAGUGUGAGACCCCCCGGGAGUUCGCUGGCUACCCGCUCCUGAUGCCUCGACCCCACCACAACCGCAACGCCAUCACCAUCUUCCAGUCCAUGUGCCGGGGAGGCACCAUCCCAUCCCUCUCAAGGAUCAACCCCACCCCCUACACGCCUGACUCCCAGAGAGACCUGGAUGAGAACUCGGGGUUCAACCCCGGGGACUUCCUCUCCGUCGAGCCCCCGGCCUCCUCCACCACCGACUCCUCAUUCAACCCCAGCAUCAAGCUGCACCACGUGACCAUCACCUCAGCCACCUUGGUGGUGACGAUCCCCUCACCCUUCAGCAAGAUGUACGUGCUGGUCCAGUACAACAACAGCUACGUCUCUGAUGUCACGACCCUGAAGAACAAGAAGGAGUAUGUCACCCUUAGCAAGCUGAAGGCCCACACGGACUACACCUUCUGUGUGGCCUCCAUCCGCAACUCCAAGCGCUACAACCACACCUGCCUGUCCUUUGCCACCAGGAGCAAGGGGAGGGAGGAUCCAGUGCCCAAUACCUCCACCACCACUCACUACAUCAUGACCAUCCUGGGCUGCCUCUUCGGGAUGGUCAUCGUCCUGGGGGUGGUGUACUACUGUCUGAGGAAGCGAAGGAUGCAGGAAGAGAAGCAGAAGUCCCUCAACGUCAAGAAGACCAUCCUGGAGAUGCGCUACGGCUCGGAUAUAGACACCAGCUCCAUCGUCCACUCUUCGCAGAAGCUGGGCGAGCCACCCGUCAUCCCUGUCUCGCGGAUGUCCUCCAUCCCUUCCAUGAUCGGGGAGAAGCUGCCCCCAUCCAAGUCAAUGGAGGCUGGGAUGGAGACCCCCAAAGUUACUACCAAGGGCAACUACAUUGAGGUGCGGACGGGUGGCGGGGAUGCCCUGGAGAGAGCCCAGCGGGAUGACGAUCUGCGUGAGCUUGACAAUGGCCAAGGCUCGGCAGCUGAGAUCUCCACCAUCGCCAAGGAGGUAGACAAGGUCAACCAGAUCAUCAACAAUUGUAUCGAUGCCCUCAAGUUGGACACGGCCUCCUUCCUGGGAGGAGGGAGCGGUGUCGACUCAGACAUGGCGUUUGAGUGCCAAUCCAUCCCCGCCGGCUCCUCGGGUGGGCUGGAGCGGCCUGGCUUCCUGUCGCCACCAUACAAGGAGAGCUCCCAUCACCCCCUGCAGCGCCAGCUGAGCGCGGACGCAGCUGUGGCCAGGAAGACCUGCAGCGUUUCAUCCAGCGGCUCCAUCAAGAGUGCCAAGGUCUUCAGCCUUGACGUGCCAGACCACCCGCCAAUGAGCAAGUCGGAUUCCAAGUACAUCGAGAAAGGCAGCCCACUCAACAGCCCCCUGGAUCGUCUUCCCCUGGUGUCCCCGGGUGCCAUCCACCACCUGGAGGUCAAACCUUCCUACCAUUGCAGCGAGCACCGACAUUCCUUCCCGGCCCUGUACUACGAGGAGAGCGCCGACACUCUGAGCCAGCGGGUGUCGUUCCUUAAGCCGCUCUCCCGCUCCAAGCGGGACUCCACGUACUCCCAGCUCUCCCCCAGACACUACUUCUCGGGCUACUCCUCCAGCCCCGAGUACUCAUCUGAGAGCACCCACAAGAUCUGGGAGCGCUUCCGGCCUUACAAGAAGCACCACCGGGAGGAGGUUUACAUGGCGGCUGGCCACGCCCUGCGGAAGAAAGUCCAGUUUGCCAAGGACGAGGAUCUGCACGACAUCCUGGAUUACUGGAAAGGCGUCUCUGCUCAGCAGAAGUUGUGA